AGUUUGCCUUUUCCACUCAAUGAGAGAGGAACUGCAAAUCACAGGGAAGCCGCGGCGCUGUCACAUGAUUUGGAACAAAUAAAGCACAAAGUGCAUAAGCGAGUCUGGCGUAAAAAUAAAAUAAAGACCAGACUUCUCUGCAGUUGCGGAUCAGUACAGAGUGAUGUCGUCUAUAAAAGUGGAAUGCGUGAUAAAGGAGAAGAACGCUAUUGGAGAGGGUCCAGUGUGGGAGGAGAAGGAUGAGACCUUGCUGUACGUGGAUAUAUCCGGGCAGAAGAUACAUAGGUGGAACCCUGCAACCAAUCAGAUACAGACUAUGACAACAGAGAAGCCUGUGGGCUGUGCUGUCCCUCGGAGGUCUGGCGGGUAUGUGAUCGGGGAGGGGACUCGUUUCGCGGCGGUGGACUGGGGCUCUCAGGCCAUCACCACCAUCACUCACAUCGACGCAGACAAGCCCAACAACCGCUUCAACGACGGCAAGGUGGACCCUGCAGGACGCCUCAUUGCAGGUACCAUGGCGCUAGAGGAACGUCCAGCGGUUCUAGAACCGAAGCAGGGUUCUCUGUUCUCGCUCCACACCGACCUCAGCGUGGUCAAACACUUCAGCCAGGUGGACAUCUCCAACGGGCUGGACUGGUCCCUGGACCACAGAACUUUCUACUACAUUGACAGCCUCACCUAUACGGUGGAGGCCUUUGACUACGACAUCAACACUGGGGGACUGAGUAACCGGAGGAUGGUGUACAGGUUGGAGAAGGACGAGGGCAUCCCUGACGGCAUGUGUAUAGAUUCAGAUGGUAGGCUGUGGGUGGCGUGCUACAAUGGAGGACGAGUGAUCCACAUAGACCCUCACACAGGCGCGCGUUUGCAGACAGUGAAGCUUCCGGUUCAGAAGACCACUUCCUGCUGCUUUGGGGGCAGAAACUACUCUGACCUCUAUGUGACCUCUGCCUACCUGGGCAUGGACGAGUCGGACUUGGCCAAGCAGCCACAGGCUGGCUGCGUCUUUAAGGUGACAGGUUUAGGAACAAAGGGGAUUCCUACAAACUCCUUUGCUGGAUGAGAGCUCUCCUCAACAAGGAGGACACUGACCUCUGCUAACAACACCACUGUGAUUAGUUGUUUGUCCUCAAAUCACUGCUACUAGUGUGUGGGUUAAAAAACAAGGUUUGUUGAUUUCGGUGCUCUUGAUUUUACUGAACAAAGAAAUGUGAAUAACAUUGAUGUAGCAGAGUUCAAUGGUGUUUUAAUUUUCAAUGUAUGUCUAUUAAAUAAAUACAUUUAAAUACAUUAAACAUGAACAUGUUUUAAGAGUUCUGAGAUUAAGAUUUAACGUCAGAAACUCUAUUUUCUUUAACAAGAAAAGCACAGGAAACAACAGUCUUAUGUUUUUUGUUUAUUCAAAUAUUUGUUCAUUCGGCAAAUGUCUUACAUUGCACACAAAGAUAGCUAAGGCAAAACAAAUUAUUUUUAAAUAAUCUUUCACAGAAAGAAUAAGGUGAAUGAGAGGACUGAACUCCUCGAACUUUCUUCAACAUUUACGAGACUAGGCAAGACGAUGACAAUCACCAACAACACACCAAUCAGAAUACAGAAUCUCUUUCUACACCUAAAGCAUUAACUAAACCAUUCCACUGAAUUCCGGGCCCUCUCAUGCAGCACUGGUGAGCCCUGUAGAAUACCUGUCUACUACUCUACACAGUCUAGUGGUCAUGACCCUGAUGAUUGGUCACAUGACCUGUGACGUUACAGACAGUAGGGGUCAGCGUGGUGAAUAGAGAGCAGGAAGUGCAGUUUCACCAUGUGACCCAACUGGGCCUCAGGGAGAACAUGUGACCUGGAGACCCCUAGUUCAGACAGGCGUCACCUCGUCAAUCAUACUCAACCCCGAGACAGUUAUAAUCUCAACAACCCCAUUUACCCCCACAGACAGUUAGAAUCUCACCUACCCAACUCACUGCAGUUACCAUCAACCCAACUCAUCCCGUUUGUCUCAUCCACAGCCAGUGUUACACCCCCGAGGUAUAUGUCCCUUUAGUACACACACACGCUCUCAGAGAAACCUGGAGCCAGUAUAUGUGAUGAUCUUGAUGAUAUGGAUCUUUUAACCUUGAAGAUGAGCAGAAACGAGAACUGACACACACACAUACUGUGACAGUGACACACACCCAUACACAUACACACAGACAAACACACAUACUGACACAAACAUACAGAAUUAAUGAUGAUGCUAAUCUGUCUCUAGUCUAGCCUGACUAACAUUUUAUGGUAGACAGCUACGAUUAAAUUUGUGUAUUUAUUAUUAACAAACAAUUCAUAAAUGCUAGAAAAAAGGCAUAAAUAAAAUACUUUCCCCUCAAAUAACCUUAAUCAUGAAUUACUAUAUAGAAGCUUGAGGGGGAGGGAGUGGAGGAGGGAGGGAGACAAAGAGAAA